CAAUAAUCGCCAUCCAACCCGUCACUCCUCUAAACUUGAGGAAACCCGAAGGUAAACUUUGGGAAGGCUGCUGGAAAGUUUGUAGCAACUCAGUGUUGUUGUUCAAUAAAAUAAUCCCUCUAAAAUGAAGGACAUGACUUCUGAAGCAACACAGGGAAUGAAGUCUUCGCUUUGACGCGCAACGCAAAAUGGACAGGACGCGCAGGUUCAUUUUGGGAAUAAUAAUAACAGCUGUUGUCCUAUGCAAAUACUCCCAGGCUGAAUGGAAUACCACAAAGACACCAUGCGAUCACCAUGACAACAGCAGCAACUGCACAGAUUCAAAUGAUGAGCACAAAUGGAGUGGGCAUUUUUCUAAGUGUCCAAAAGAAUACAAGCAUUACUGUAUCCAUGGUGUUUGCCGUUUUGUAAAGGAGCAGAACACUCCUUCAUGCAGGUGUGAAACAGGAUAUAUUGGCACUAGGUGUGAAUAUCUUGAUCUUGAUUAUCAUGUAGGAGAACGAAGGAAAAUAAUCAUUGCAUGUGUGGUCGCAGGAUUGGUCUUUCUGAUUCUGCUCAUCGUCUUCAUAUGUGUCUGUACACACAAACAAUAUAAUCCAUGUAGAAGAAAGAAGAGAACAAAGGAAACAAGUGAUGAAGAUGAGAAGCUCAGUUCACUAAACACACGUGAAGCUUUAGCUGCUCCAGUCGGCACAUCCGACACAAAUGUUGUAUGAAUGAAACAGUGAAGUGAUCCUGCCAGUGUCGGUAUUGGCGUGAUUGUGGUGUGGAAAUGAGGACUCGUCCUGCCGAGUGAUGAAAGCAGUGCUUUACAGUAAUCCUGAGUGGACUUUAAAUGAACGUUGAAGAUAUGGUGUGUCAGGCAACCUUUGCAGGGCUCGCAAAAUUUCAAAAUC